AUGCUUAGCAACUGUAAAUAUUUUGUCAAGGAUUCGCUCAAAUGGCUGCCGUUCUUUGGCUGGGGCAUGUGGUUGGCGGAUUUUUUGUUUGUUCAAAGAGAUUGGACGCGCGAUCAGCGUAGGAUCGAAGCUACCUUUUCCAACAUCAAGCGGCUGGAGACUCCGGUGUGGAUCAUGAGUUUUGCCGAAGGCACACGCUUCACACAUCAAAAAUUAAAGGAGAGCCAAAUAUAUGCAGCUCAGCAAGGUUACAGCAUCAUGCAUAAUGUCCUCUUGCCUCGCACACGCGGAUUUGUGACCUGUGUCAAUGCAUUCAGAGGCUCUCAUGUACAAUAUGUGUAUGAUUUCACGAUUGCAUAUUGCCAUCGACUCAAAGGGAAUUUAGAAGAGUUCAAUAUUGCACCAGAUAUGGUACGCCUGCAUGUACGAGAGCUGGGCGACGAGUAUGACUUUCACGUCAACGUAAAACGGUUUGCUGUCAAGGACUUGCCUGACAACGAUGAGCAGCUGGCUGCUUGGUUACGAAAACGUUAUGUUGAAAAGGAUCAGUUCCUAUCGAAACUACGUCAUGGAUGGACAAAGAACCUGGAUGAACGCGUAUGGGAAGAAGAAAUGUAA